AAAUGGUUGGCUUGGCAACGGCAAUAGCUAGUUACUGGCUUCAUAAAGACCCAUAAGCAGAAAUAAGUUGCUGUAUAUUGUUAUCAGCCAUUUAUUCCUUUCCUUAUUCAGACAACAGCGGCGAUCAUAAUCCUUGUUGUGUGACUUACUGAAGAUGACUGAGGCGUCUCUAAGUUUGCUGGGUGCAAAAGUUGUCGUCGCAACAUCCAGCGAUGAGAACCACCCACCAGAAAACAUCAUUGACGGAAACACUAACACGUUUUGGAUGUCCACCGGGAUGUUUCCUCAGGAGUUCAUCAUUCGCUUACCCGAACCCACGAUGGUUUCUGCGGUGACAGUGGACAGCUACAAUGUCAAGCAUCUGAAAAUAGAAAAGAAAAUGUCACAAAAUGCUUCUCAAUUUGAGUUUGCUACACAGAAAGAAUUCCAAAAUACAGAGGGGCACCUUCAGUCAAAUGCAAUUUCACUAAAUGGAAGCAGUGCAACGGACCUUCGUUUUAUCAUCACCACUGGACAUGACCACUUUGUUUCAGUGCACAGAGUUACUGUCCAAAAUUGACACACUUGACUGUUGUGAACUGAAGCCUCAUGAUAUUCUCUACAUAUGUAUGCCUAUAUUCAGUUCUUAGGCUGUUUUGAUAAGGGACACACAAUGACAUCUUCCUCCUUGUGGCAGACAGCUGUAACUCUGACAGGGAAUCUGAUAAUUGAAUUUCAUGAAUAUGCAAACAUUUGCAUUUUUUGUAGGGAAGUUGCAAUUGCACACAAAGCAUGCGGUUGAAAGCUGUGGUACAUUUUAAACUCUGGCCUCAAAUUCUGAAAUUGCCUUUCACCCAUUUGCUUUGCUUAUUUAACAGUUAUGGGGCUUUUCAUCCCACAUUCAACUGUUCUUGCUAAUUUCACACAUUCAUAGUUGGCAAAGCUUUAGCAUAAAAACAGUUGGAUUGUCAGGAAUGGUAGAAUUACUUACAAUAGAAGUUUCUCUCUGUGUGAGAGAUAAUUAACUCAUUUUGAGCAGUCAAGGUCUAAAUUGCCAUCAGUACAGAUGAUGGCAACCCCCCCCACCAGCCAGUAUCUAAAGAUUAUUUGCGCAAAGUACUUAAGCCACCUCCUAUAAAUGCUGUAUCCACCACACACACACACACACACACACACACACACACACACACACACACAUUCGCACACAAACAAAACUCUUAUCUACCUCCUUUACCAUUUCAACUUGUCAGUAGUAAAGAGUUCAGCAGUGUGUGAGGACCCUUUGGGACUCCCUCCCCAAUUACAUUUCUGACUGUGGAGGAGCUUGGCGAUUUGCUUAGGCUAUGUUUGUUGUAGCUUGAGCUGCAUGCAGGGCUCCGAAUAAACCAAUAAAAAUAUGAAAUACAUACCUGAAUAACUAGCCCCCUGAUAUUUUAGAGUGACUAAUUGCUUAGGGUUACGGCUGUCAUAUAGCACAUUUCAGUUUAUGAGUGUGUAAUGAGUAAUGAGGGCAAGGGAGGAGCUGAUCCAGUGAUAUUAACUCAUCUAUUAUUUAGUGAAAAAGAAAAUUUAUUAUAAUGUUAAAGGUGAGGGUCGAGCCAAGAAAUAAAGCGCAAACACAUUUCACAGGAUUCAUAGGAGUUCAGUUAUUUUUCUGUAGCUCAAAUUGCGAAUGUAUUACUUUUUUAUGCUGUGAAUGUGUAAACCAGAGAUCCCUUUUUUUGCAAAUGCAUGCCACCAUUGCUAAUGAAUUCAGGCCCUUUUGUGCUUGACUGUCAACUGAUGAGGAGAAUCACAUCAGGAUAUUAGUGUGUUAUCAUGUCACAGCAGGGCAGGGUUAAAUUAUCACCCAGUGUCUUCUGACGGCUGCUUAACUGCUGUCCUAUCACACCGAGACAUCUGUUGGACCAACACUCUCUUUGUUCAGCUGAGUUUACAGUGAUGAAUAUCUCAGAAACCUUUCUGCUACCACAGGUUGUAAUUAACUGUGUGUUUUUUUUAACUUUGCUGUUAAAGCACAUUAGAAAUGCUGUAUACAUGUUGUACAAACCCCUGAAAAACACUGCAGCAAGGAUGUACAUAUAUGUUUCUUGUGUGCAAUUGUGUAAGUGUAAGUGAUGUGUCAUAAUAUAGUUAUUUUGAAGAAAUACCUCCACCCAGCCAGCUCUGUUAUUUCCUUUCAUGUCAAGCCAGCAAAUAUGAAUUUCUUGCUAUUUUGUGUGGUCCUCCUUUCAGGCAGCAACAAAGCCACACGCAGUGACAUUGGGCCUUAAUUUGAUUUCAGUUUUGAUUUGGUUCAGUCAGCUUAGUUAUGAGAGUAGCUGAGCUGGAAAGAGCUGCUGAGGAAAGAAACAUUCAAAAGGCCGGAAUUAGAUGAUUAGACGGAAGAGGAAAACA